UGCGGGGUGGGGGGAGUAAAAGGGAGGGGGGUGUGCGCAGCCCGUGUCAGUUUCGGAGUCCUGGCGGCUCACCUUCGCGCCAAGGAUCCUGAGCCGAGGCUCCCGGUGAAGCUUUUCCCUCCUCUGCGAACCGGGCCCCCCACCCUGUUCUGUAGCGCCCUGCAUCUCCCCCAGCUCGGGGGCCCUUCCUGCAUUUCCUCGGCGGUGCGUUGAUCCUGGGGACUUUCUGUUUGUUUGUUUUCCCCUUUUCCCUCUUUGUUGCUCCGAAACCAUUCAAGCCGAACCCCCCCCACCACCACCCCGGAGGGCGUUCGACUUGUGAAGAAAGGCGGCUGCCGCGGACAGCACCGGCCCCUCCUGCGGACCCGAAAGCCGGUGCGCCCACCCCGUCUGCCCUACCCGCCGGCCGCCUGCGUUCGUUCGCCGGAGGAAGCCAGCCGAGAAUUCAUUGAUGCACCCAUUCCAGUGGUGUAACGGGUGUUUUUGUGGCCUGGGACUGGUUAGCACCAACAAGUCCUGCUCAAUGCCACCCAUCAGUUUCCAAGACCUUCCCCUCAACAUCUACAUGGUCAUCUUUGGCACAGGCAUCUUCGUCUUCAUGCUCAGUCUCAUCUUCUGCUGCUAUUUUAUCAGCAAACUCCGGAACCAGGCACAGAGUGAGCGAUACGGCUAUAAAGAGGUGGUGCUUAAAGGUGAUGCCAAGAAGUUGCAGUUAUAUGGGACCUGUGCAGUCUGUCUGGAAGACUUCAAGGGGAAGGACGAGCUAGGUGUGCUCCCAUGCCAACAUGCCUUUCACCGGAAGUGUCUGGUGAAGUGGCUAGAAGUACGCUGUGUCUGCCCUAUGUGUAACAAGCCCAUUGCUGGGCCCUCAGAGGCCACUCAGAGCAUUGGAAUCCUAUUGGACGAGCUGGUGUGAAUGCUGCCUCUACACCAAGGCCUGGAGAAGACCGCUUGCCUCAUGGGUGCCUGGCCCCUCCACACAGCUACGGGUGAACAAGACUGGUGGGUGGUGACUGACGUGCUUACCUGAAGGGGCAGUAAUGCAGGGCUGGGCUCCCACCAUCGGGGGGGGCCUGAGUCGCCCCACCUUUCUGCCUCCUGAAGCCUUCUUCAGCUACUCAGCACCUGCUACUCAGCACUGGCGGUGUCACCCAUCAAGAAUGCUGUAUCCUGGUACCGGACUGUCUACCUGCCUGUCCCUGUGGGGGAAGCUGGGGAAGGCAAUCCACCCCUAUCUGGCCGAGAACUUGGAGCUCACCCCUUAGGAGGACUGGCUGCCCUGACCUAGAAGAAGGGAGGAGAUGGGCCCUGCCCCACCUGUAACCUGCCUCCCCUCUUCGCUUCUUCCACAGGAAGGGGAGAAGGGGAGGAAGGAACCAUCAAGGAACCAAGUGCCUCCAGUGCAAGCGAGGGAGGCUCUGUAGGAAAUCAGGAAGAACGGGGACAUGGAAAAAGGAAAGUCAAUGUUUACAUGGGGCCUAUGGAAAUAAAGGCUUGGCCUGUAGGCCUGCUGACCACAGGGUAAUGGGGGGCGGAUGCCUUCCCUCUGCUAGGAUCUGAGGUGCUAUCCAUUCACUGUCUUCCUCAGCUGAUCUCAGAGCGUCCUAUUCCGUUUUGGGGUUAUAGUACCCCUCCAGAGGAAGGGCUUAUUUUACACUCAAAUGAAUUCCCAGGGGCUUUUUCUAAAGGAGCAAAAGGGGCCUGGGGAUGGGGGUGUCUGAAGGUUAAGGUGGCAACAGAUACCUUCUUCCCCUUUGUAAAUAGUAUUUUUAUACUUCAUCCUCACCAUCUCAGGCUUUAUACAUGGAAUCCCCUGAAUGGAGGGGGUGGGGUUUCCUCUCUCCUCCUCCCCCCCCCAGAAUAGGUGAGGGUGGGAGAAAGGUAUGUAUUUAAAGAAAAUUAAAUUUAAUAACAAGUUUCUCUUUUUGCCUGUGGUUGUGGCCUGUGUCUCUUGGCCCUUUUCUGCCAGCAGAGAAAACAAGUUCUCUACCCGCCUCUCGCUUCUCCAUAGUCAGGGCACACUAUGCGCACAAAGGUUCCUAAUUCUUAAAAAAAAAAAAACAAAAACACUGAUAUCAGGUUAUUACCCAUAUAACAUAGGGCUCACAUCAGUGUACUUUAAGACCAGACUAAAAAUAUUCUAAAGGCGGGCUUAAAGAAAGUUGAUGUAUGUCACCCAAGUGUGUGACAGGACACUGAAAUUCCAAAGACUUGAAAUGAAUAGCGUCCCAUGUUUAAUUCAAGCAAUUGUGCUCUUAGCACAACUAAAGGUCAAGGUUGCUACCAUAGAGGCUUGAUCUCUUUCCCUUAUUAAGCUUUUCUCUUGCCUACUUGCUGACCAUCAUGGACACAUGCUACCCCCUGAACCCACAUCUAGAAGUGUUGGCAUUAACGAACGUAUGCCCCUCUGUGCGCUCAGAUCUUGUACCCACACCCUCCAGCUUUGCUCUCAGUGUCUCAAGGGAGCAUAGAACCAAUAACGGAUAUGCAAAAUGGAUUAUGAGGGCCGGGAACAAUGUUCUUGGGCAUCACAGCAUGGAGCCGGUGGGCCGAGGUUGACCCUUGUCGGUGGAACACGGCAGUGGCCAAUGGUCGUCCCAGGGGAGCAGGCCCUGGGCACAGUAGGAAUAUUUGUUGAGCGAAGUCGAAUGUAGCCGUGGGUCAUGGAUGUGCAAGAGCCGCCCGUGCACCCAGAGGAGCCAGGCCUAAAGGGCAGGCAUGACCCCCUCCCUCUCCCGCAGUUUUGCCAUGGAGGCUGUCGGCACACCGGGUGCUCGUGCUUGACAGACCCGAGGCGGUCCUCGUGAGGUUGUCAGCACCUCUCCUUUGCCCAAGGACCUCCUCCACACUGGGCAUAACCCCUGCUCCCUGCCUCUGCCCCCUCCUUGCUGUUGCCAACCCUACAGAGUCUGGUCUUUUCCUCACUGGGCACCCGUUCGAGUCCUGCCAGUUUCAGUGUGCAGAAUAAAUGUAUUUCCUUAGCAAAACAGACCCUCCCUCUAGCUCCUGCUGCAGCCUUAUGGUGGAGGCAGGUCUGGGACGAGGGGGGAAAGGUGGUCUAACAGGUUGGCUUCACCAUCUACAUGCUCCUACCUUGCCGUCUCCCCUCCUCUUAGGGAGAAUUUACCAGUGCUGGCAUAUUCUGAUUAGAAUGUUGGGACUAAAAUGUGUUUACAAACUUGAAUGGCAUUGUCCUGACGUCAAAAUGACGGGGUAAAAAUGCCUCGGAGCUAGGUAGGUGGUACUACGGUGCACAGCGGCGAACAGGCACAAUGUUCUCACUGAUCAGACGGGAAUGGCAGUAACGAGUCACAGUCCCAGCCCCAAAUUCAUGACCCAUUAGUGUGGUCUUGUUUCUCAGCGCAAUGUGUCCAGAUCACCUGGGCUAGACACUGCCACGUGCUGGAAGGCAAGACAUUCCUUGCGUUGGGAAAGCAACGGUGUGUUUUGGGUGAGCAAGCUCACCCGUGGGGAGGGGAUACCUGAGCUGAAUCCUGAGGGAGUAUCCUGGAUAAAAGCACCCCAGGGAUUAACCAGCCUCGUGGGGGUCAGAGAGUGCACGCGAGUCAGUGUGAAGCUGAGGUGGGGAAAGGCUGGGAGAGAGACAGUCCCAGGUGGCACUGGAACCUGAGACUUGACAGAGUAAGAAUCCCGAAGUUCCUUGGAUCAGGCUUUUAAAAGAUCAGAGCACCAUUUGGAAGCUAAGCCAAUGCUUUUCUUCCUUGCACAAAAUGUUCACAGGCAACUACAGUGUAGAUAGCACUGCUCCCACUGCUGAAAAAGAAUUUGAAUCUUAAACAUGUUUCAAAG